GUUACAUCGAGAUCGAGAUAUCGAGAUAUCGAUAUGUAGUUUAAUUUCGAUAUAUGAAUGGCAACUGUACACGAGUCUAUACGUGAUAUAUGCAAUAUGAUGUAACAAUUUCAAGAUACCAAUGUGAAUUGAUACAUGUACAUAGAUAUUUUCUGACAAAAAUAAGAAAUUAAUGAAUACAAUAAUGUGGUAUACUAAUAGCUGUCACUUUUGCAAGAAAGUACUGGUAAACAAUAUUAAUGCGAUCUGUAGGAGAACAUCUACUGUUGCUAAUGUUGAUAAAAAUGUUAAUGAACUGGUACUUUUGGGUCAAAAAUAUGCAACAGAUAAUUGGACAAAUAUUACUCCAAACAUUAUCACUAAAUUAGGAAGAAACUUGCACGUUAAACAAUAUCAUCCACUGUCACUCUUACGUCAGCGCAUUGUAAACUAUUUUUAUGAACAGUUUCGCAGUAAAAGCGGAACACCGUCCUUUAGCAUCUAUGACAAUAUAUGUCCUAUAGUGACAGUUGCACAAAAUUUCGAUUCUCUUCUCGUACCGAAAGAUCAUCCAAGUAGAAAGAAAACUGAUUGUUACUACAUAAAUCAAGAUACAUUGAUGAGGGCACACAUGACUGCACAUCAAGCAGAGUUAAUUUUGAUGGGAUUGAAUAAUUUUCUCGUCAUCGGAGAUGUAUAUCGACGUGACGAAAUUGAUAGCUCGCAUUAUCCUGUUUUUCAUCAGGUCGAUGCAGUCAGAUUGCGUACAUUGGACGAAAUAUUUGGCAAUGUGAAUGAUUCUGAGAGUCUGAAACUGUUUGAGCAUAGAGGAAUAGAAAGCCCUGAGAAGCAGGGUUGUCAUACCUUAGAAGUAGUAAAAAUAAUGGAGCAAGAACUAAAAAAUACUUUAGUUAACUUGGCACAAGUUAUUUUUGGAAAAGACAUACAAUGCCGAUGGGUUGAUCAGUACUUCCCAUUCACCCAUCCAUCAUGGGAAUUGGAAGUAUUGUAUAAUGACAAAUGGCUUGAGAUACUAGGCUGUGGCAUUAUGCGUCAAGAGAUUCUUCAGAAAUCCGGUGCAGUAGAUCGAGUCGGAUGGGCAUUUGGUCUUGGUUUGGAACGUUUGGCCAUGUGCUUAUAUAAUAUUCCAGAUAUAAGAUUAUUUUGGAGUAAUGAUGUGGGUUUCUUGAAUCAAUUUAAAAUAGAUGAUCCUAAUGCAUAUAUACAAUACAAGCCUAUCAGCAUAUAUCCUUCGUGUGCAAAUGACAUAAGUUUCUGGUUGCCGGAAGACGGAAGUUACUCCUCCCAAGAUUUCUACGAUGUAGUUAGAGAAAUAGCUGGCGAUACAAUUGAACAAAUUUUGUUCAAAGAUGAAUUCAUACAUCCAAAGAUUAAGAAAACAUCCCAUUGUUACAGUAUAGUAUACAGACACAUGGAACGUACUUUAACUCAGAAAGAAGUCAACACCAUUCAUAGUAAGAUAGGAAAAACAGCAGCUGCUAAACUUAAUGUAAUUAUUAGAUAAAAUUAAAAAUAUGUUUUUCUAAUAAAAUCCUAUUUAUAUUCAGAACUCUGAA